CGUAUGAUUAUUGGAAUGCGCGCCGUCACAGUAUCCGCAAGUGAGUGAAUUUUUUCUUCAAUCAAUCGGAACGGAAAAAGUGUGAAAUCAUAAUUUUAUUUUUUUUACUAAAGAAAAUUAUUAAAUUACCGUUGUUCAAAAUAAAAAUAUGUAUAAAUUUUAUUUUCAAAAAUCCAGUGAGUGAGAAAAAAUUAUAAAUAAAAAUCCAAGUUUUUCUGUCGUCAUUUGUUUCAACAAAAAAUAAUAGAAAAAAGAAAAUUACGAAAUCUCGAAGUAAAGGAAUCCAAGAAUCUCGUCCUCGCUUUUCCUUAACCAAGUUGAAGCAGGGCAGGGGCAAUACCCAAAUAUCGAUUUUUCACUUGUUCAAUGAAAAAUAUGAAAAAAAUUCUUAAAAGUGUCUAAAAUCUAAAUUUCUCACUUCAGUUAGAAUUACUUAAAAAAUUUCACCAAGUUUUCGCAGUGAAUUUGUAGUACGAAACGAAUUACCCGGGAAUUGUGAAAGAGUUGAAGAAAUUUGUGUGUGCGAAUAUCGAGAAUUAUAACAAAUACAAAAAAUUAAAAUUGUGUGUAACUUUUUUACAGCAAUCGAUUUGCUCUGGAUUGGAAUUUUGUUAAUUGCAGUUAAUUUUGUAUCAUCAAUUUUAUCAAACAAAAAGUACGCUAUCAGGAUCAAAGAAAAGUAUUAGAACAUUGCGGAAAAUGUUAUUCGAAGAUCUCACAUAAGUAAAUAUUUUUACGAAAUUCAAUGAUGAAUUCAGCACGACAUCAUCGCAUUGGAGUAUUUCUAUCUCCAUAAACUAUACAAAGCCAAAACGAAAAAUCCAAAAAUUAAAAUUCAUUUUUAGAAUAAACAAUAACACACAAAAAAAAGCAACAAAAACAACAAGAAAAAUCGUCUUCGAAAAUUUUAUACAAUUUAUUAAAAAAGAAAAAAGAAACUGCAAUCAACAUCCUAAUAUCUAGUCACUAUAUAAAAGUCGAGGCAAAGAAGAAGGAAAAUAGUACACAAAAACAACAACAAAAUAGAUACAACAAAAAAUAAAAAUCGAAUUAUUGAAAUAAAAAUUUAUUAAAUCAAUUUAUCUCAAUAAAUCUAUACCUACAUAAUAAUCCUAUAAUAAAAUAUAUCUGCGCAUAAAGCAACAAUUAAACACAACGCCAACGUUUAAAAAUACAUAUAGAGAAAAACUCGAAACGCAAUUACCAAAGAUUAUAAUUUGUAUUUUUUUUUUAAUUAAUAAAUUUACCCGAGGAAAGAAGAAGAUUUUCAAAAAUUGAUCCAAAAAUGCCAUAUAGUCGGGAUGCAUCGGUUAAUGCCGAUAAAUUAAGCGGAAUCGAGGAGGAAAGCGAUUUGUAUGAGGGUUUUGCUCCUCACGUCGAUACAUCGGAAAUUAAGAAUCUUGACUAUCAAACCAAUUCGAAGCAAUCAGGUAAUCUCCAAAUAAUAUCAAGGCUCAUCUUGCCGAGAAAAGAACCAUUGCUUAAAUGUUUUGCUGAGAUUCAACCAUUAAUUCUGCAAGGGAAAAAACGUGAAGUUAAAAGUAUACUUCGAGAAAAUGCCUGGCCUAUUAAUUCACCGAUACGGUCUCAGCUAUGGCCGGCGUUAUGUGCACAGCAUCAAACGAAGCAGAAUAUGCUUGAUGGUUUCUAUUGGGAAAUGGUACAUCAGGUAUUUGGUACAACAGAACUCUCAGAGAAACCAAUAAUGCUCCCAGCGUUUGUCGAUUCCGCCCACUGUUUGCCAUACCAUCUCACUCGAACUGGACGUGCAGUGGCAGAUCGAAUUGUAAAUGUUCUAGGAUAUGAUUGUCCUGAUAUAACAUUCAGUCCAGUAUUGUAUCCCAUUACAUCAAUUCUAUUGCAUUUUAUGUCUGAGGAAGAAGCCUAUCACUGUCUUGCAAGUUUAGUUGCAUGCAAAGAAAAGGUGUUCAUCAAUCAGACAAAACUACUACACGAAGUCACUUGGAAAACAGUGAUGCAAAUUGCCAAAAAACAUGCAAAAACCUCCGUCUCUUAUUUGCAACGAAUAUGCCCUGGUCAAAAAUUAGAAAGAGUUUUCAUGGACUGGUGCUGGUGGAUAUUAGCUGGUUUACCAUUUCAGCAUUUAGUACGUGUUAUGGACUGUUUUUUUCAUGAGGGUAUCAAGGUAUUCUAUCGUAUCUCUCUGGUCAUACUCAAUUUAUUCCAAAAGGAAUGCACUUCGAACAAUGAAUGGAGUCCAGAUAAUAUUAAGAAUGACAUUGGUAAUGCGCUUAUAAAAUUUUGCAAAAAAUUACCAGUUUCACCAGCGAAGCUGUUACAAUCAGCGUUUAGUAUUAGGGGGCUAAGUUCCACAUAUAUAUCUAGGAUAUUUAUUAAGACUGAAAUGUUACUAAAAAGUAGAUCAGUUCUAAGCGGUUCAAAGCAAUUAGUUCGAUCGCGUUCCAGUGAUAAUUUACCAACGAGUCAAUCGCAAGUCAACAUUCAAAUGAUGUCACAUACAUUGACCAUACGAGAGAGGGUGCAUUCCGAGACCUGUCGCAAUCUGGGCGAACAAUCUCCUGGGCAUAGGGUUCUCGCUAUGGGCGUUUAUCCUGUUCAGUCGUUAAAGAGUCGAAUAGCCAGUGGUGAAGAUCUCUUUACACUCUGGUCAUGGCUGCCAGUUAGGAUAACAAUGUACCAACCCGUACUGCUGUAUACAACUGAAGAGCAUGGUUGCUCAUUGACAACAUUUUAUGUUCGGGUGGAGCAACAUGAACCGACUUUAAUGAUGAUCAAAACGUGCAAUAAUGAGGUUUUUGGGGCCUAUUGCUCAUCAAGAUGGUUUGAGCGUAAUGUCAAAGAUGACAAAGGCCAAAGGCAGGCCUACUUUGGAACAGGUGAAACUUUUCUAUUUUCUCUUUAUCCAGAAAGAGCAAAAUAUCCUUGGGUUGGUAUUGAAGGUGAUAAGGGAUUGGGACAUUCAUCGGAACUUUUUAUGGCGGCUGAUGCUAAAAUGAUCACGAUUGGUGGAGGUGAAGGCCAAGCUAUUUGGAUGGAUGAAAAUAUUCGUUUUGGCAAAACAGACAGUUGUAAAACUUUCAACAAUCCACCAUUGUGUCCAACGGGUGAUUUUGAAAUACGAGUUCUUGAAGUUUAUGGUUUUGUCGGUGCUUAAAAAGUUAAAAAAAAAGAAAAUAACAUUCAAACAAAAGCAGCUCAUAAAUACAUUAUUUUAUGAAUGAAGCAAAAGAGCAAAUCAAAAAAUAUCACUCCUCUGAAACAAAGCGAGUUGGAUUUUUUACUACACAAAAAAAAAGAAGCAAAAUGCAAAAAUAAGAAGAAAAAUUCCCAGCAUUUGAUUGUUUAUUUUUUCUUAAACUUUGUUUGUGUUUUUUUUUGGGAAUAACGAAUUAUUUUUUAAUUAAAAAUUAAAAUAAAUAAAAUCAUUAUUGCAUUAAAUUGAAACAAGUAAACAAUUUUUGUCACAUAACAUAAAAUAUACAAAUUCUAUAUACAAAACAAACACAAAAAUUAAAAAAAAACAUAUAUAUAUAUAUAAACAUAAAAAAACAUUUAAUCUAGUAAAGUAAAUGUUAUUUAAUGUGGAAAAAUCAAUAUAAUACUAUAAUGUUUGCGCGCAUAAAUGUAUAUUGUUUGUUUCUAGUUUGUUUUUGCUAUAUACGAAAUGUUAAUUUUUAAUGUAAUGUUGUAAAAUGUAACGCAUGCUAAUUAUGCAUACAAAAACAGAAUAAGUGUUUGGAGUAUAAUAAGGGAAAAACAACAAACCAACAAUGGACUGAUUAUUUUUUUUGUUUUUAAUUCCUAAUUAAUUACUUUUAAUUAUUAUAAUUUUUUUUCUUGUUUAUUUAAUAUAAUUCUUGUUGAAAUUUUUUUGUUUAUAAUUUUAGUUUGUUGUUGUUAUCGAAAUAAAUUUAUACAAAAGAAAAAUAUGAUAAAACAAAACGAAUUAUAUUUUUAAUGUAAAUCUUGCGUUGUUAAAUUAUUUCUUACUUUUUACCUCUUAUAUACAAAAAAAAAGAAACAAUAAUAUAUUUUAUGCAUAUUUUGUUUGUUUAUAUUUUUUUUUUUAUAAUUAGUAAAAAUAUGCAAGAGUAAAAACUAUAAUAUUGGCCCAAUUUUGUGGAGCUUUAUUUUCCAGACAACAAAAUAAAUAUUUUCUGUAUUAUAAAUUAUGAUAUGUUCGGUAAUUGUUGUUACUGUGUGAAUUUUAUGGAUAGUAGUUUUUUUUGUAAUUAUUGAAAAGAAUAGUAAUAUGAAUUUUUGUGUUUGCACUUCUGCGAUAGGGUCAACUUUAUAAGCUGAUCAAAUAGUUAUUAUAUUGUGAGAUUUAUCGGCCGUCCAUAAGUUUUAUUAAGCUUCUUCUUUUAAGAGAGAUUUUUAUUUUAAACAAAUAAUAAAAUCCUUAAACAUUUACAGAUGUUAAAAAGAUAUUAUAGAGUCACAAAACGUCAAAAAUGUUUAAAAUAAACUUGCUAUUAUAUAUUAUGUUCUCGAUUUAAUUAUCGGAUGUUUCAGAAUAAGAAACGAACUCGAAAAAAAUGUUUAAAGUUAUAUCAAAUUUAUUUUGAUCAAAUAUUUACAAAAAGUUCAAUUUGAAAACGUGGCAUAAUUUUUAUAUGUAGGCAAUAUGUGUUUAAGGUUGUUAACCUUGUUUCUUAAACGGCAGAACACCAUUUAUAAGGUAUUACAAUUUCUGUCGAGUUUUUAAGAAUGCACAAAAAAGUGCUUCAAAGAGAAAAAAGGCACAGUCAGUUUAUUUUUUGUAUGAUUUUUCUUUGAUCUGUAAAAGAGUCUGUACACAAAGCGUUUUGGUUAAACUUUUCGGCAAAAAAAAAGGUAUUAUUAAAAUAUAAAAUUUUAUUUUUAAGACUCAAGGCGUUCGAUUUGUCAAUUUCGUGUUAGCACCUCCUAUUAAAAGAUAUGAAGCUGAUAAAUUGUGGUAUGGUCUUGUUUCUAGCGAGUCCUAAUCUCACAGAAAAACAAACACAAGAAUGGCCGAUAUAAAAACGCUUCAGUCAAAAUAUCUCACAAAUUAAUAAAACAAUGGUUAUAUUUUUCAGUAGUAGAUUUUUGUUUUUAAUUAUUAUUAUUAAUAAACAAAAAACAACAAUCUUUUAAACCAAAAUUACUGUUAAAUCUUUUUAUUCUAUAUUUGUUAAAGUUAAAAUUCUUGUUUGUAUAUUGAUAAAUAUAGUCUAUUCUAGGUUAAAAAUAAAAAAUAGUUUGUAUAAUGUUACUACUCUGAAAAAUAAAAUAUUUAAAAACAAAAAACCGAAACUAUAUAUAGGAAAACAAAGUAAACCUCCGUGAAUAUUUAAAAUAAUAAUUAAAACAUCAACGAUAUAUAUACAUAUAUAAAUAUAAACAAUAUAUUAUAACAUUUAGCUAUAGAAAUUAUAUAAUAUUUAAAAAAUAAGAAAAGUGGCUUUGUUAUUAUAAUUUCCGUUAUAUUUGUAAAUAAUUUAAUAUUUUUUUUUAUUUUUAUCAUUUUUCAAAUGUGUAUCAAAAAACACAUUCACAUUCAAUAUACCUACAAAAAAUAUAUAAUUUAUGCAUCGCGGAGGUCUUUAUCAGUAUUUAUAUAUUUGUGUUAAAAAAAUUCUCUUUUCUUUUAUAUAAAAAUGUAUUUUUAUUACUUUUAUUAUUAUUUGUAUUAACAAAAAAGAAAAUUAUAAUUGUGAAAAUAAUAUUUUGUAAAUAAAUUUAAAAAGAAAAUGUUUUAAAAAUGUAUUAAAUAUAAAGAUCAAAACACAUAUAUACAUAUAUAAAAUAAUAAUUGAAUAUUAUCGAAGAACUAUGUACCAAGAACCUUUUAUUAAAAGUUAUUAAAAAAAAACAUGUGCGUUAAACAUAACAAUAAAAAUAAUUUAUGCA